AAACACGGGUUAGGACUGCUGUGUUGUCCAAGUACGGCCUGUCUUGGUUGCUUUUCAUUCCACCUGUGUAUCUUUGCUGCUGGCAGAGACCACUAUCCCCCCCCCGUUUGUGACCCCAUAAUAUGCAUGUUUAUUGACCCAUAUAUGAAAGAGCCUCACUUGAGGGUCCAGUGUGAGAGUGGGCUCGCUCAGAUGCCUGCCAUCGGUGUUAGGAACCGAUUGACGUUACCCCAUUGGUUUCUUGGUCAUCUAGCUCAUCCAUGUGUAUCGCGGAGCAUUUUGGAUAUUGAAAAUGAGAGAUCUGACUCGUCCAGUUUAAAAUCACAAGAAGCAGAAACUAUUUUCUGGAAAGACAGGGGUCCACGUGGUCUUGAGACCACUCCAUUUCCCACCGCCAAACAUAUUUCAUUUCAUUUGUUCUUUCUUUUCCCUUUUUGGCUCUGUAUUUUUCUGGGCUGGGUGUUGAGGAAGAAACAGGGGGAAACGGAGAGGAUGGAGAGGAGGGGAAACGGGAGAAACUUCCAGAGAAGUAGCAAGAAGCUCCGUGCAUGUCCGCGAAAACCCGACUCCACGGUCAUCUUCCCUCCUCCGACCUCUGUUUUUUUUUUGGGAGCCGAGGAGACUGAGACUAUACCCUUGGAAGGCUCGACUCAUCGAGUUAUCUUUUUGAGGGGUCCUCCAUGGGACCGUUGAUUCGGCGGGAUACAAAAUGGGACGCCUAGACCGCUGAUCCGGCGGGAUACAAAAUGGGACGCCUAGACCGCUGAUCUGGCGGGAUAUAAAAUGGAUGCUUAGACUCCUACUACCGGAGGAUAAUGGGCAGCCCCCGCUUAUGAGACAUGGAUAUUGGGAGUUGAGGAUGAUAUAAAUGAGAUGUGCGGGGUCACGGUACCGUCAUAACUCUGUUGCAAUGAAAUGCAACCCUAUGGCUAUAUUGAUUGGUUGUGUUGUAUAUUGUUUGUCUAGUAUGAUUGUUGGAGACGUGAUGAUUGUUGAGAUUGCUGGAGACGUGAUGAAUGUUGAGAUUGUCUGACGUUGUUCUGUGAAAGCUGUGUUAUUACUAGAGCUUGAUUUAGUCAGUGUAUGAGUGUUGAGUGGUGCUGAGUUAAUGGUUAAUUAUAAUAUUAUUAUAUGGUUAUAAAGAUAAUUCAGUGUUUAAGAAUGAAUUUAGUAAUUAUUU